CCUUUAUACAAGACAGAAACGCUGCGCAUGUCUGCUGACUUCAUUGAAAGAGUAAAAAUAGUUACAAAAGCAUAAUCAUCUUAAAAUCUGCUGUAAAAAGUUUGUUGCUUCAAACUGAUAUUAUAGUGUGCUGUUUCCAUGUUCAUUAAUUAAGGUUUACGGAAUAUUCCCGGAUAAAUGUGAAAUUUAGUGUAAUAUCUUUGACUUGAUAUAUCUAAAGCAUUUUACAAUAUUCAGCAACAGCAUAAACAGGCUAAUUAGGUUUUGGAAUUCGAGUUCAGCUAAACAACUGUUAAAGGCAGGGUCAACAACGAUCAGUCGGUAAAAAACCUUUGGAUUUAAGUUAACUCGUGAGGUAUCAAUAUCUGAAUUUAGAUCAUAAAGGAAGAAAUCCAAACCUGAUUUUAGAACAGUCAGUGAGAUAUCAACACUUAAAUUUAUGCCAGGAAAUGAAAUAUAACAACGGUAAUGAGUAUGGAAAACAGUAUGUCGUCUGCAAUUGAAUCUAACAGACUUCUGGAAGGAAAUGAUUCUGGAAAUGAAACGCUGACCUUUAAUAUUGGAGGAGUUAUAUUCGAAACUUAUAGAUCUACAAUAAUGCGAAUUAAAAGCGGUCCUCUGACAGACGAAAGCUUUUUGGAGGCUAAUCAUAGACCUGGGAAAAAUGACUACUUCUUUGAUAGAGACCCUGAUGCUUUUAAGAUAGUGUUAAACUUUUUACGAACUGGUAAGGUUUUCAUCCCGUCACACAUCGAUGGUCCGCUUGUUAGGAAUGAACUAAUGUUUUGGGGAUUGACUCCUGAUUUGGAAGUGAUGAUCAGCGGGGACAUUUCAUUGGGAGCUGUCAUACAAGUGUUUCAACAUUCUGGUGUAUUUGAGAUGGAAAUAGAAAAAAUGGUAGACUUUAUCAGUGUUUACAAAACAAACACAUGCCAAGCCUCGUUCUACAAAUGGACAUUUAGCAGGUGUGACUGA